AUGAGAUGGAAUGAUGAUCGCAGCUGCAGGUUUCCCACAAACAUUGGUUCGGUUUCGUUUGAAAUUACUUUACCACAUUAUUUUGAAUUACUAAGAGCACGUCUCCUACCUUUGAUAGUCAAGAUGGAAAUGAAGAAGGGAUGAAAAUACAGUGAAAAUAUUGGGCCAUUUUUCUGUCCCACCAACCUCAUGUCAUACCAAAACAAUAAACAAAAACACAGCCUCUUUAAUCUUGUUCGAUAUAGAGUACUGUCUCCACCCUAAUGUGAGUCGGAAAUCGAUAGUACAUCUAAAAUUAGUUCAGUAUUCAUUAAUUCUAGGAUCUCCCGUACCAUGUUCGAGUGAUAGCUGAUUUCUUACACAAGCCACUGUCGGAUGAAAGUAUCAGUCGUAUUGCAGAGCAAUGCACUUUCAAGGGAAUAAAGGAAAAUGAAAUCAGCUUGAGGAUAAGGGACGAACAAGAGAGUUCUCCGUUGUUACGGAAGGGAGUGGUGGGAGGUUGGAAAAGCUAUUUCACUCCAGAGCUGAAUGAGAGAUUUGAAAAGGAAGUGUUAGCAAAACUGAAGACUACCGGCCCGGGAUUAGGUUUUGAUUUUGAGGUAUAGGGGGCUAUAUACCAAUAGGCGAUUGUACGUACAUUAUGCUAGCAUUUUUUCUAGCAUUUUAGUCAGGCAAAAGCAUUAAGCAUUAUUUGAGCAUUUUUGCAUUUUCUUGGAAAAUUAUCAUUUUUUUCUUAGAGAAAAUAAUAUUUGAAAGCUCACUUUUGAAAAAAAAUUUAAAUUGACGACUUAAACGCGAAAUUGACGUUGAGAAUAAUAUGAAAUCAAGAGAAAAUACUAGUAAAUAUAUUCAUUCACUGUACAUUGCUGUCAAACCAUUUGUACAUUUUUGUCAGCCUUUAUAACUUAAAGGUUCUCAAAGCGUUUAGAAUUUCUAAGAAACCUCUCUUGUGGUGAGCACUAUCCCGGCAUUUUAAAGCUGUGUCAAUCGAGCUGAAACUGUGCAUGGUACCUUGCGUUUCCAGUAUUUAUCUCACCUAUUGUAUGGAAUAUGUGUGAAAAUCUUCAUUAUGAAUCGGUAUAUUUCAAAGAGCUACACAACCAGCAAGAAUACUAUUCAGUAUUGACCGACAAUAUACAGAACGGGGGCAGCUGUAGUGUCAACGAAAAACAGGAACAUUUUUUACACUAUAUUGUUCAUUUCGUUAAUCCAAGAAUGUUCAUGUUAACUUUUAACGUCAUCCUGGGGUACCAGGGCCUCCUAUUCCGAUAUACUCCUUGUGAUUUUUUUAAGUUUUUUUUUUUCUUUUUUUUUUCAAUACGACCGACCGACCAACAUCAGGAAACGCAUUCGACGCUAAACGAAAGAAAAAGAGGAUUUCUUACCUAGGGGUUUCUUGGGUGUGAUUUUCGUUUUUGGCGGACGCGUGCGAGGCCAAAUGAAAACCUUCGCCCCCUCCUCUUCAACCUCGGUUCAGGAGCACGCUUCUAGAAAGUCCCCGGUAUCUUUUCGGGUUCGAAAUCAAAUAUUCAAUUUAAAAUCUAAAGAAUAAAAGCGUGGGUUCUAGUUAACAAGACAACAAUAGGUUUCCGGGCCAGUUAAUUGUCGGGACUUUGAAGAAAGGGACUUCAGCUCUCGAUCGAGCGGCCGCACCUCUUACUUUAUGAACAACAAAAGGGAAAACCUAAAAAAACACCGUCAGCUAGGCAGGCUGUUGUUACGGACACCCGCCUUACAUGGAAACCGUGUUAAUUACGGUCAGUUUUCUGACAGUUUUCUUUGUCGCUAAGAAACCCGGGGGAAGUACUCCGGUCCUGGGAAUUCUUGGUGGGGCUGUGCCGCUCGGUUCUCCAAAUCCUGACCCUAUUGUCAACGGUCUCACUGUAACGUAUAUAUCUGGUUAAUUGUUCUCCUAAAACCGAUUUUUACACACUGUGCCGUAAGGUUCUUCGCCUUAUGGCUCACGCUCAGCAACCUGCCAUUCAGAGGCCGAGAGCUGACCAAGAUGCCAUGCUACUCAAGCAGUUGUCCGGCAAGUUGAGCCGCCACCGAUGGCAUACCGUAAAUCCUCUAUUAAGCCUGCUGGGGGGCUUAUUUUUUUCAAGCACUUUAGAGGGGGGCUUAAUAGAGAGCAGGGGCACCCAACGACAAUUUUCGGAAAAUAUCUGUUCGGAAGACGAUUUGAGACCAAGAAUUUUCGGAACAUUUGUUGUACAAUUUCUUGCUUGCCUGCCUCUCCAAGGAUUUUCGAACAUCUAAAAAAUGGUAUAAUUGCCUAUUUUUAACGGAUUUUUACCCUAAAAAGGUCCCCUAGAAUUUUCGGAAGCCUUUUUUCUGGCUGAAAUUUUCGAAAAGGUAAGUUUUGAUCCCCAUAAUUUUCGGAUCACUAGACUCUUAGCUAGGAAAUCCGAACAGAUGAAAAAUUGUUAGGGGAUAAAGAUAUGCCUUUAUCUACCGUUUAAAUACUAAAAUACGUUUAACAAUGCUAUGUUUAAGUGGUUUUGAACUAUAUUCUCGUUGGGUGCCCCUGGAACCUGCUCCAUUACCGGAGGAGAAUUCAAAUCCUCCACCCGAACAACUUUAUCUUGCCUUACUGUGUUCCGUGUUUGGAUUUUUCCCGUUUUGUUCGCUUGCAUCAUUAAGAUUCCAGUUUUUUAUUUAGUUUAUACGCGUUUGUUCUGGGUUUUGCCUUUUUCUUUCCCAGCUUCGUUUAUUAUGCCAUUACAGUUUGUUUUCUGACUUGUUGUUAGCACGCCUUGCUGGUUGUAUUCAUUUCGGCAUCUGAUAGUGCGUUAUUUUCACGUGCAUUUUGCACAUUGUAGCCUUUUUUUCCGCUUGCCCUUCGAUUUUCUGUCGGUUAUAGUUUAUUUUAUUAAUCUUGUCUCAUCGCCGUUUUACUCUCGGGUUUUUAUAUAAUUUUCUGGUUACCACUUGGUCCCGUUUUUUGCUUAUAAAGCUUUAAUUUUUCGCUGGUUAACAGAAAGUCCCACUCUCGAAUAAUUGUGUGGCAGAUUGUCAACAACGUUCAGUGGCAGAAGGUUUCGUAAAAUAAGCAUAGGUGUCGCAGCUCGUGAAGAAGGGAGAUCGCGUCCAAACUGCUUGAAUAACAUGCUAUGUGUCUUUCUAACGGCUAUGGCAUUCAUGCCAUCACUUGUUACCGAGUGCGCGGUUGUAAUAAGCGGAGAGGUGGAGGUUGUCAUUGAGGUAAGCUGCCCCCUUCCCGCCACAAGGAAGGUUGUGGUUGCCAUCUUCUAUCUUCGGCCAUCUCAAAGGGUAGGUUCAUAGUAUAUCGAAAAUAAAAUCCAGUAGCAUGUAUAAGGUUCGUGGUGUUAGAAGCACUAUGAUGAGCUUUGGUUUUCGUAUUUUUAUCACUGGUUUAAUAUGUAUAGGGACUACAUGGGUACAAGAAAUUGUUUGGCAAAUCUACUGCUAACUCAAAAGUUAGCUCAACUAUGUAGUGGUGGGAAUGUCAUUAUUUUCAUUCAGAAGCACUCUAUUGAGCCUCAGUUUAACGUCAUUUCAUUUUUAUUACCGGCUUAAUAUCUAGGGACCACAUGGGUACAAGAAAUUGUUUGGCAAAUUUGCAACAAAGGAGCAAUCAGCAGUGAGAAGCUAACCCAUCGAUCUCCAUUUCUGGAAGCUUCCGCCAGCAACACUGGCCAACCGCUCCUAGAAACACUUUCAAGUCCUCGCCUGAUUAAGUCCCACCUACCUUACAGUACCAUUCCGAGACGUGCAAAUAAAGAUGCUCAAUGUAAAUACAUUUACGUUGCUCGGAACCCAAAGGAUGUGGCAGUGUCACAUUUUCAUUUUGAGGAGAAAAUGAAAGAGUCUGGCAACGGUUACAACGGACCUUGGGAAUUUUACAGCAAGUUGUUUAUUGAGGGAAAUGGUAAGACCUUUGUCUUAAAAUAAUAAAUUUUACAAGCGUCAGUAAGUAUUGCCGGAUUUCUUGACACAAAAAUGAAGAAUUCACGUCCCUAAACCGAAGCCAGACGGUAAGAUUUGCAUAUGCCGAAUAUUUAAUUGCCCCAAAGGAAAAUACUAUAAUUAAAAAUAAUUCAGUUCUAAAAUAAAUUCUCUUUUACUAGUAAUAACACUAGGUACUCAAAGGAGUGCAUGUGAUUACAGCUGCCGUAAUUGCAGACCAAUAGGCCAUUUGCUUAAUGACGUCAUUUAACCACUACGACCAGAAUCCUUCAGGGUCUCGCUUUCUUCAUGUGCAAAUUAGGGCUUUUGUUGUUCAAACCUAGCUGGGAUUAACAAUGUUUUAAACACAUGAAAGAAAAAACGAAAAUAAUUCUGGUGGUAGUAGUAAAAUGACGCCAUCGUGCAAAUGGCCCUUUUACCUUGAGGAAACAGCUGACAUUUCACGAAGUCACUGCUGGUUUCUCAGAUCCAAAAUCUGGGUAGUGCUUCUGAUUGGUCGUGCCACAAAUGAAAUUUGCUUCCACCAAUCAGAAACACUACUCAGAUCUGGAUAGUGUCUAAAUCAUUUCAUCAAUACGGAAUUUUUUACAGUCGUUCCUCAGACAACAUUUCGCGGGAAAACCAAUGAUUACGUCGCGAAAUGUCAACUAAAAGUGAGUCAUUUGGGUAUUUUGAUUAAAGAAAGAGAAAACUCUUAGUCGGAGUCAGUUCUACUUAUACCUAUCUCUAGUUUGCUUAUUGUAGAAAUUCUUGAAGAACGAGUAAAGUCCUGAGCAGUUAUAGGGAGCUUAAGCAAUCACGACAACGACGACGUCAAAAAACAAUCGGUUUCAUGAGCAAAACAACAGGUCUGCACGACCAUCAUGCUUUUUAGUACAUUUUUCGGACGUUCACUGUACGACUACGACGUAAUAGAGGACGUGAACAUUACGCAACCAAUUUUUCUUUCUACUUUUUAAAGCUGAAUAGAGUCCUAAGUAUUCAAUUCCAGGAAAGAUCGCCUACAUUUGACAAAUUGAGCGGGUCCAAAUAGACGUGAUACAUUUUGUAAGGAUGCAUUUUUUUUCGGCGACGUUUUCACUCCCUCCGCCGUAGUCGUUGAUAGGGAGUUUAAGAAGCGACGUUUUUGAGCAUCGCACGUCAACCGGAAGUGGAAUUUUUGCACUCUUGAGACGUGAUUUUGAAUAAAUUUUUGGGCAGAUCGGCUCAAUAAGAGCCAAGACACUUAUCAAUACAAAUUUAGCAUCGUCAGGGCAUAUUAAAAGAGAAAAAGGCUCACUUCCGGCUGACGCGCACCUGCGUCGCUUAAAGCGUUGCUGCUUAGCACUCGGACGUACGUGCAAACUCAAAACCCCACCGUGGUGCAAUGAGGGUGGUUGGAACCCCUUCCAAGCGUUUGCGUUAAGUUUCAAAGCUUUGAAAAUGUUUUACACGUAAUAGAUAGCCUGUUAUGUCGUCUACAAGAUUAUGCUAAUAUCCAAAUGAGGCUGGUGACAACAUCCAACAUGGCGGACGUUUUCAGAUUUAUUCAUUUUUGCCAUUAUAUUUGACACUUUUACCCGAAGAGUUUUACUCGGUAAAUACACUUUUUAAGAGCUUUGCAUAAAAAGAUGCUUUAAUACAUUAUUACCAGCUAUGCUUUUUUAAAAUUGUGCAAGUUUAUUUUUUGCAUAAUUCGUCAUCAUGACCAUAAUUUUCACCUAUCUUCCGAAAAAAAAAAAAACAGCUAGCAUAUUUUGCACUUGUUGCUUAUUUUACAGCACCAAAUUCUCAUUUACUGGUCAUGCAACCAUUUGUUUUUGGCCCGAGAUCAUUGUGACGGGCAAACUGAUGUAACAAGGUCAAUUUUUCUGUCUGCUUAUAUUAGCCUUGGUCCCACUGGAAGUGCAUGACCAACUGUCCUAAAUCUCAACAGGAUUUAUUUAAGAACAAACAAACUUGAUGUAUAAAGUCAGCCAUUUGGCAAGAACACAUGGUAAAGCCAAAAGACAUACUGCGCAUGUCCCUAGUGUUACUUAGCAACCAUGAAAUAUUACUGCGCAAUAUCAAGACACAACACAUGCGCAUAACUAACACGCCUACCCAAAGUGGCGUCUGCGUGCAGGUUGUCAAUUGUUUGUGUUUCUGUAGUUGUCAGACAAUGAAUUAUCCUUUCUUAAGUUUCUAGAAGUAAAUUUUUAGGGUAAAUGUGUUUGCCAUGUUUGUUGAAUAGUUAUUAAGGUAUUUACCUAAUUUAAAAUUUAGAGUAACUGAAGAUCGUAGAUUUUUUUCCCAACCAGUUUUAAAGAUUGAUCCCUAAAACUCGUCGACGACACGAAUACAGAGUGUACGAAUCUUUUGCUCUUGUUUUCAGACUCUCAACGCUAAUCGCUUUCCCAGGAGCUUCCCUGGGGUUAGGGCAAGGAUUAUGGUUAGGCAUGAGGUUAAGGUUACAUAUAAGAUCGAAGAGUUUUAAUUUAUCCUUACCAGUUUUAAAGAAUACGACCCUAGAAGUCUUUGACGACACGCUUUGGUUCGCACUUUUAACGAUAGUCGUUCUCCUAAGAGCUUACCCUAACCCUUACUCUAGGCCUAACGCUCGAGCUAGGGUUAGGGUAAGCUCCUGGGAAAACUACUUCUGGGUGAGAAUAUUGCUCCGAAAACUUGCAAUAUUUCAUUUUCAUACGUGCAAAAUUUUGCAUCACACCUUACUUGGUAUUUACUAUCUCGUAUAUCUAUCAGCCGAUUUUCACCAAAUUCACAGCAAAUAAUCUCAAAGAUAAACGAAAAGCUACUGGAAUGGACAAGUAAACCUUCAACCUAAAAUCUAAUUGAUAAAUUCGAGUAGUAGAGGGUAGCAUUCACACCGCUUCUCUCUUAUUUGUCCAAGGGCGGCGGUAGUACUACUUAUACAUGUAUUUAAAUGAAAAUGAUGUAAAACUAAACUUGAACUUUACGUAAAUUAACUUUCUGUCCUCACCUUUUAUUCUGUGCAGUUUGUUUUGGUCAUUGGAAUGAUCAUGUUCUUAAUUGGUGGAAACAUAAGGAUGAUCCUAAUGUCCUGUUUCUCAAAUAUGAAGAUUUACACAAGGUAAUGCUGCAGUUUAAUUAACAUGUAUGUCUCUAAGUUUCCUUCGAUGAUCAUUUUAUUAAUUCUCAUAAACUUUUUUGAUGAUGUAUUGAUGCUGGUACGAGGAAAAAGAUGUUGUUUAGGCGAUUUUCCUUGACUUGCACGUUAAACUUGUUCAUGCAAAUGGCAAAAUUUGAGAAUUAUUUUCUUUGACACUGGGAUGAGAAGACAUAAAAACAUGUUAAGUUUUCCCAUGUAUAUGAAAGAUCAAGUUUUCCUUGUCAACUCAAAAUUAAUGGUGAUGAUGCGGUGAAUGCAGCCGCUCUUUUUAUAUCCAUCAUUUCCCGUUUAUUUGUCCAGGCGACGUUCUUCUGCUCCUUCUUUCAGUAAAAUUAGUCGUAUCGAGUUAAACCCCCAAAACACAUUGCAUCUAACUCUACAUCUACAUAUAUGAAUUACAAUAUCCGUAUGGGAACAUGUCGCAAGUUUUCGAAAAAUGAAUAAAUAAGUAAUCAAAAACAGAGAGUUAAAAGCCAGCGGAGGCAGCCAGAUUAAGUGAAAAACAGCAUUUGCAGCAAGCUCAAAAUUGUCAAUCGAAUCAAUGUUUUAAAAUAUUAGGAGGCGGAGACAGAGUUUAAUUGUUCUUGGCCAAAAUCUGAACUUGUAAGCAUCACAUGGAGCCCGGUUUAAUUGGACAGGUAUGAAUUUAAGCGGAUGGGAUUGAAAUUUCGAAUUGGCGAACUGGACUCGUGUUGGACAGGAGACGGAAUGGUGAUCGCAGCUGCAGAUAUUCCGAAAACAAUGGUUCGGUAUAGUUUAAAAUUAAUUUACUACUUUGUUUUGAUUUACAAAGAGCACGUCUCCUACCUUUGAUAGCCAAGUUAGUAAUGAAAGGGGAGUUGAAAAUAUUGGGCUGUCCAACCCAUGCCCUGCCAAAACAAUAAAAAAAACACAGCCUCUUUAAUCUUUUUCGAUGUAGUGUACUGUCUCCGCCAUAAUGACUGUGAGGAAAGCGAUGGUAUAUCUAUAUAUAGCUAGUACAGUAUUCAUUCCUUCCAGGAUCUCCCGUACCAUGUUCGAGUGAUAGCUGAUUUCCUACACAAGCCAUUGUCGGAUGAACUUAUCAGUCGUAUUGCAGCGCAGUGCACUUUCCAGGGAAUGAAGGCAAAUGAAAUCAGUUACAAGAUAAGGGACGAACAAGAGAGUUCGCCGUGGCUACGAAAGGGUGUGGUCGGAGGUUGGAAGAACUACUUCACUACAGAGCUAAAUAAGAGAUUUCAAAAAGAAGUGUUGGCAAAACUGGAAGGAUCUGGAUUAGAGUUUGAUUUUGAGAUAUAGGGGGUAAUUAUUUACUGAAACUCUCGUAUAUUUAAGUGGCGCUUAUUAAAACAUCUCUAUGCGCUUUUACAAUUCUAAAAGCUAAGUUACAAAGAUAGAACUGAAGUAUUUAGAGUCUAAUUACGUUCCGUUCAUGAUUAUUAGUUCUCAUCUGGACACUUAUGAAGAUAACAUUAAAAGUUCCACAAAUGAAGCGCUAAUAAAACCUUAAGGUUACACGAAAAGUCCCUUUAUGGUUGCCUGCGGACGUUUUGCUCCUGUGAAAAGAGGUCCAUGACAAGAAAGCGGCUAUGCAGAACGCUCUGUUUCCGCAUGUUUUAGUAUUUGAUUUACUGGAAUUUGCGGUAGUGUUGAUUUCAAUUGCUGAAGGUGACGCGUUAAUAUGGCGCGACUGACAGGGAAAACGGCUUGAGAUUGACGUUGACGCUUAUGCACUAUGUCAAAUUUCCAUUUUCCUUGGAGGUUCGAGAAAUUGGCAUUCCACUGUACAACGACAACAAAAAGAAUGACCCGUAGAUAGCAAUGGCUAAUCCUCUUGGCGGAAUUAUCUGCUAUAUCAAUAGGCCUUUGAACAUUGUGUGAGCAUUUUUUUUUCGAGCAUUUUAGUCAGGCAAAAGCAUUAACCAUUAUUUGAGCAUUUUUGCAUUUUCUCGGAAAAUUAUCAGUUUUUUGUUUAGCGAAAAUAAAAUUGGAAACCUCAGUUUUAAAAAAAAGAAAAUGACGACCCAAUUAUAAACUCCAAAUUGACGUUGAGGAUCAUAUUAAAUCAAAAGAAAAUAGUUAAAUAUAUUCAUUCACAAUCCAUUGCUGUCAUACUAUUUGCACAUUUUUGUCAGCCUUUAUAGAUUAAACGCUCUUAAAGCGUUUAGAAUUUAUAAGAAACCUCUCCAGUGGUGAUCAUUAUCUCAGCAUUUUAAUGAAAAAUUUUGGGGGGCGACCGUCUGUCAGCAUUAAUUUUAUUGGGGAAAAAGGAGCAUUAUCUACGAAAACCCACCAAACUGUAACUUACAAUAUAACCUAAGAAAAAACUCCUCAGAAACAACCCUGGACGAAAAUAAUUCAAAUUUCAAAAAACGCUUGAUGGAAAGAGGCUACCCACAAAAUUUGAUAGAAAACCUACUACCAGAAAUAAAAUUCACAGAAAGAGAGUCUAAACUCCUAAAACAAAACAGCAUGGAGGAAAAAGAAAUAUUGCCAUUCGUGACACAAUACCAACCCUCUGUGUCUACUAGAAAGAAUGGAAUCUUAUACAAUUCGCUUUUAAAAGAACCACCUAUCAUUUCCUCAUGAGGACCCGCAAGACUUAGAGAUCUGCGAAGUCGGUCAUCUGAAAUGACCGAUUGCGCAAUGUAAAACAAAAGACGUGUUGACAACUCAUAGAAUACGAUCCUCUCUAAAUCAUCACGACUGAAUGUUUCAUUUUAUUUACAAGUCAUCGUUUGACAGCUUAACAAAAUUAAUUAGAAAUUUGAUUCAUUGCAUUCAAUGGAAACACAGAAAAAAACUCGUGGGACCUUUCAAAGCAAACCGCGACAAACGGCGAGUAAAACGCGUGAAAAAUUUUGCGUGUGAGCUGCAAAUGCCGAGUUAAAAUCUAUUUUUCUUGUGAGUGAAAUAUUUGGCUAAAAGCGAGGAAAACUAAAUGCACGCCGUAACAAUUAUUCCGAAACCAAAUCUUACAUAGAAUUCUUUAGUCAGUUUGCGAAGGUUAACGCAAAAUGUUUUAGUACAAUAUUUAUUUUGCCAACGGAAGGCCUCGUUGCUUGAACGACUAUAAACUGCGAGCAGUCUAUUACUUUCCUUUACAAAGCCGCGAACUGCUAAAUACGGGCGUCUCGACCUUCACUGACUUCACUGAAAAGCUUUGGCCGAAAACGGAAAGCGCGGGCAUGGAAAGUCUCUGGCACCCAGGGUAAAUUCUCUAUUCUAAAGUUGUUGUUUACAAUCUCGCUAGCUGGAAUAAGAACUAAACAGAUUUUAAGAGAAAAGGCGGGAUGCAAACAGUCCAGAAAGACUUUCUUAAAUGUUUGAAAUAAACACGACUUAAAAACUCGUAAUGUUGUGAGACGUGACCUUUUUUUUUAGUCACUAAAACAUGGAACGACCUAAAACCACCUACAACCACCUACAACCACCUCAAAAAAUUCAACAACCACCUACAACCAUCUACAACCACCUCAAAAAAAUCUACAACCACUCGCAAACAAUCUAAAACCAUCUAAAACGAGGUAUAAAUGUCUCAAAUAAGGCGAGACGACAACAUGUUACGUACAUGAAAUACGAGAAUCGAACAAAACAUCCACCUCCCCCCAAAAUCUUACUCUCCCUGGUCCCUUGUAUCAUCAACCUUUGGCUUAAGUCACGAAAUGAAAUGCGAGAGAUCGAGUGAGUAUCACUAUGGCUAAAAAAACAGUCACAUUAGGUAUUAUAUAACGUCGUGGCUUUCAAUCGGGCUGGCGGAGAUAAGAACUAGACGGAUUUUAAGGGAAAAGGCGGAAUGCAAGCCGUCUAGAAAAAGUAUGAAUAAGAAUGGUCUGCAUUAGAAAUAUUUUGAAGGAACUGUACGUACCUUCGGGAUCCUCCUUUCGCAAGAACGCCAUCGUGUUGUACGAAUGGUGACACGUAUGCAAUGGUGACUCAUGAUCACGUUUUGCUCCUGCUGAGAUUCUAAAUGAAAUCUUCCAGACAUAUUCCAGAUUUGAAUUCGCACCAUAUGUAAUCACUGGUACUGUGACAUUUGAAACAUGAUUUUAAAACAAUUAAAAAUCACAAACCAUCAGUUGUUGCUUAAAUUAUAAUCAAAUUGUCGAUGAGUUUCACAAGAGAGAGGAAACAAAAUCAAACUUAUAUUCCAGCCCUCCCAACAUAAGAGGACAGUGCGGUGGAAGUUUUGUGUUAAGCUUAAUGGUUGAUGAUACAAGGGAACAGGGGACCAGGGAGAGUAAGAUUUUAGGGGGAGGUGGAUGUUUUGUUCGAUUCUCGUAUUUCAUGUACGUGACAUGUUGUCGUCUCGCCUUAUUUGAGACAUUUAUACCUUGUUUUAGACGGUUUUAGAUUGUUUCUGAGUGGUUGUAGAUUUUUUUGAGGUGGUUGUAGAUGGUUGUUGGUGGUUGUUGAAUUUUUUGAGGUGGUUGUAGGUGGUUGUAGAUGGUUGUAGGUGGUUUUAGGUGGUUUUAGGUCGUUCCAUGUUUUAGUAACUACGCUUAGAGUUUGCUUGAACAACAGGGGUUUUCCUUCUUUCCCUCGUCGCGCGUUGGUCACCAUGCCGCACAUGGAGCGUUCUAAAAUUGUAUUUUUUCCGCCGCACUGAGACUUACAUUUAGCGGUCAUGAAAAUGGUCUAUGCAAAAAAAGGCGGCCUGCAAGCAGUCUAGAAAAACUCUCUUAAUUGUUUGAAAUAAACACGACUUAUAAACUAGUAAUAAUGUGAGACGUGACCUUAGAGGUCCUUAGAGUUUGCUUGAACAACAGGGGUUUUCUUUGUCGCGCGUUAGUCACUAUGCCGCGCGUGGAGCGUUCUAAACUUUUACUGAGCGAAUCUUAUUUUUUCCGCGACAUACAUUUCGAGGUGAAGAAGAUGGUCCAUGUAUAUUGGGUAAUUAUUUUCUAAAAAUAAAGAUUUUAGUUUUUUAGCAUAGAGUUCAUGCCAUUAUCAAUAACAACCCUUCAUGAUCCAGUGUAACUGGAAACAACAAUAUUUUCUAAAUGACCGAUUGUCAGUAAGAGAAGUAUCAUGCCAAAAACCCAUUCCCAAAACCUACUCACUUAAGAUGACGAUUAGAUAAGUUUAAAGGUGAAUUAAAAAUGUGAUGAAUUUCUAACUCACAGAAACACGGGCGACACACUUAGUGUUCUGUUGCAUUUCACAAUUUGCACUUAGGAGUCGCAGAUCAUCAUGGCAUUAUCAAAAACCUACUUACUCAAGAUGACUAUUAGAUAAGUUUGCAGGUGAAUUAAUAAUGCCAUGAAUUUCAAACUCACAGAAGCACGGGCGACACACCUAGUGUUCUGUGGCAUUUCACAAUUUGCACUUAGGAGUCGCAGAACAUCAUGGCAUUAUUGAAAACCUACUCACUCAAGAUGACUAUUAGAUAAGUUUGCAGGUGAAUUAAUAAUGCCAUGAAUUUCAAACUCACAGAAACAAGGGCGACACACCUAGUGUUCUGUGGCAUUUCACAAUUUGCACUUAGGAGUCGCAGAGCAUCAUGGCAUUAUUAAAAACCUACUCACUCAAGAUGACUAUUAGAGAAGUUUGCAGGUGGAUUAAUAAUGCCAUGAACUUCUAACUCACAGAAACACGGGCGACACACCUAGUGUUCUGUUGCAUUUCACAAUUUGCACUUAGGAGUCGCAGAACAUCAUGGCAUUAUCAAAAACCUACUCACUCAAGAUGACUAUUAGAUAGGUUUGCAGGUGAAUUAAUAAUGCCAUGAAUUUCUAACUCACAGAAGCACGGGCGACACACCUAGUGUUCUGUUGCAUUUCACAAUUUGCACUUAGGAGUCGCAGAUUAUCAUGGCAUUAUCAAAAACCUACUUACUCAAGAUGACUAUUAGAUAAGUUUGCAGGUGAAUUAAUAAUGCCAUGAAUUUCUAACUCACAGAAGCACGGGCGACACACCUAGUGUUCUGUUGCAUUUCACAAUUUGCACUUAGGAGUUGCAGAUCAUCAUGGCAUUAUCAAAAACCUACUCACUCAAGAUGACUAUUAGAUAAGUUUGCAGGUGAAUUAAUAAUGCCAUGAAUUUCUAACUCACAGAAGCACGGGCGACACACCUAGUGUUCUGUUGCAUUUCACAAUUUGCACUUAGGAGUUGCAGAUCAUCAUGGCAUUAUCAAAAACCUACUCACUCAAGAUGACUAUUAGAUAAGUUUGCAGGUGAAUUAAUAAUGCCAUGAAUUCCUAACUCACAGAAACACGGGCGACACACCUAGUGUUCUGUUGCAUUUCACAAUUUGCACUUAGGAGUCGCAGAUCAUCAUGGCAUUAUCAAAAACCUACUUACUCAAGAUGACUAUUAGAUAAGUUUGCAGGUGAAUUAAUAAUGCCAUGAAUUUCUAACUCACAGAAACACGGGCGACACACCUAGUGUUCUGUUGCAUUUCACGAUUUGCACUUAGGAGUCGCAGAUCAUCAUGGCAUUAUCAAAAACCUACUUACUCAAGAUGACUAUUAGAUAAGUUUGCAGGUGAAUUAAUAAUGCCAUGAAUUUCUAACUCACAGAAACACGGGCGACACACCUAGUGUUCUGUUGCAUUUCACAAUUUGCACUUAGGAGUCGCAGAUUAUCAUGGCAUUAUCAAAAACCUACUCACUCAAGAUGACUAUUAGAUAAGUUUGCAGGUGAAUUAAUAAUGCCAUGAAUUUCUAACUCACAGAAGCACGGGCGACACACCUAGUGUUCUGUUGCAUUUCACAAUUUGCACUUAGGAGUCGCAGAUCAUCAUGGCAUUAUCAAAAACCUACUUACUCAAGAUGACUAUUAGAUAAGUUUGCAGGUGAAUUAAUAAUGCCAUGAAUUUCUAACUCACAGAAACACGGGCGACACACCUAGUGUUCUGUUGCAUUUCACAAUUUGCACUUAGGAGUCGCAGAACAUCAUGGCAUUAUCAAAAACCUACUCACUCAAGAUGACUAUUAGAUAAGUUUGCAGGUGAAUUAAUAAUGCCAUGAAUUUCUAACUCACAGAAACACGGGCGACACACCUAGUGUUCUGUUGCAUUUCACAAUUUGCACUUAGGAGUCGCAGAACAUCAUGGCAGUAUCAAACACCCACUCUUGAAUACAUAAAGAUAGAUGAAAAAGUAGAAUUUCUUCUUAAAGUUAAAUGUCGCCCUUUAAACAAACAUAAUUGUAGUGUUUUCUGUCAAAAAAAAUUCACUUUUCUUUAAGACCUCUGUAUGCCUAAUCACAUUUGCAAAACAGUUUCUGAGAUCAGCCUUUAUGAAAAAAAAAACAUUAUUAGCCAUUGAAAAGUGACAGGAAUUAAAGUGAAAGGAGAAAAAAUUGAAUUUAAAUAAGGGAGAAACAAUGGGCUUCAAAAAUUAUGUCCCACAAUAAUUACAAGAAAAUGAUAUUUCAACAAACAAUAAACUGGUUAACUGACCUCAUUUCUCACAAUUUGCUUUGCAAGUUGGUAUACCGACUUUGUUAUUUAAUAAAAGCGAGUCAUACCCAUUGUUACUUGGUCGUUUCCUGAGUGAAGGAUGUGUACAGAGAUUUUGGAUUGGCGGGCUAUUCUGGGGAAUUGGCGGACUAUUCGAUUUUGGCGCCAAUGGACAGAACCCUUGAAUCAAAAUGAACUGAUCCAGUCGACCACCUCUUGAAAUCCGCUUCUAGAAACAGGAUUUAGCUAAAGGACUUGUGGCGAAUGAUAUCGAGCGACAGCGGACCAAACAGCCCCCUCGAUCGACGGCACGGAGAACCAACUCAUACAAGCAAGAAUGCCAUCUUGUCAGAUUGCUUAAAUUCCUCGCUAAAACUCUUGACUGAAUCGGAGGAGCCGAACAUGCAUAGCUUUCCAUUACAUAGGCUGGAAUUCAAAGCAAUGAUACCAAGUCUUUUCGGUAUCCAGCGAAGGAGAAAAAAACCCGGCGCAAUAUAAUAGACGACGAUCGUCACACAUGUACACCGCCAUCACUCGUGGCUCUCACUCUCAGGAAUCUUCUGACAAAGCAGCGUGGCAGAUCUAGCGCGAUAUACCAAAAGCAUACCAUAUAAAGUAAAAUCCAAUUAAUUCCAUUGUAGGAUGGGUUAUACUUUUACUUGCACAAUCCUUUUUUCCACUUGCUGAUUUGUUUCUUUGUUUUGACAUUACGACACAUAAAUAAAAACUGCAGGCAACCGCAUGCCUAAAAAGCGGCUCAAUAAUUACACUGGACUCCGUGUCUUCGCUACAGAUCGGCUAUCGUGAGAUAGCACCGGCCAGUCGCAAUAGGCAAAAUCUCGUUUAGCCUUGAAGCAUUUCAGUUUGAAAGGGAAAAUAUAUUUUUGAAAAGACAAUUCGUUCUUCCGCUUUAUUUCCUGAUCAUUGCUGUCCGCGCGUCCUGGCGCGUGGAUUCCUCGUGUUGAAAUCUGGCAAAAAAAUAUCUAGAACGCAACUUGAAGGUUUUGCAAGGCAUACACUUUACUAUAAGCAAAAUUGUUUUAAUUUUGCUUUAUUUUAAUUUUUAUAAUGGAUAGCGUUGCAUUUUCAUCUGGUUUUUACUAUCUUGAACACGUUCUGAGCUUUCAAAAGGAUUACUACUGUAGUGGCAUAUGACAGGGUUGACACCUUAUCGGAUUACGUUUUUUGGCCAGAAAUUAAUGUACUAAUUAAAUUCCCACAGCAGGAAAUUCUCUUGUCACCUUUUGAAAACAAAGCGUCCGUAGCAACUAAGAAAUCAUGCUGAUUGCAAAAAAAAAGUCGCUUGCGGAUCCUCAUAAAAAGAAAGGAAAAUCAUUAAAGGACAUGCUUUUUAGAGCCAAAAAAAAGGUUAACAAAGGGUUUCACGCUGGUAUAGACGUGCGGCCCGUCACCCCUUGCAUUUUGUCACACAACAGGUUUGAGAGUACUUUAGCAAUAAUUCUAGCUGGCUGUGUUUUGUAUAACAAGUGUAGUCAACUGCCUCGUCAGUAUCUAUGUAUUAAAUAAAAUAGGGUGACCCACCCUCUCUCUGCUCCGGCCCACCCGCCACUAUACUUUUUGACCAGUCCCUGACCGAAAGGAAAAAUAACAACCCUCCUUCUUGAUUAGGAAUAUACAUUAAGAUUUCAGACUUGACCAAAGACUUUCGUUUCCGGUUUCUGCUGGCUAGGUGGUCAGCGGCGACUUACAUCGCUCGCUUUCCCUAGCUCGCGAGCGUCCCUCGCGACGUCGCCGCUCACGUAACCUGCCAUCAGGCGGUCCUAAUCUUCCCUGACUUUUCUCCUUUCCCCGAAAGAAGAAAAAACGCCUGAUCGCAGGUUUUAAUAUAACUGAACCAGAGAGAAUUUCCCGCCUGGAAUGUGACCUAAGUAAUUCUUGGUCGACGUGAGAAAUGCCUGCUAGCCCUGCUAGGAUUGCAGUUGACACUGAUGUUGAGCUACCAAAAAGACAGCAGCAUCAAAAACAGAAAUAUAACAGGCAAACAAAAAAGAAACCUGAUAGCAAUGAAAACAAACAACAACAACAAACACGUCUUGAAGACGGUAAACCGAUAUCAGUAAGCGACUGAAUCAGUCAAAGGCUACUCAAAAGGAUACUUAACAUCUAAACUACUGCAGCAUUUAAAGCGAAAUUUCUUUUAUGACGACCGGAGCCAUAGAAUACCGUUCUUUCCUCUUUAUUGCAUGUGGUGUUACACGUCACGCAUUAUCGCGUGACUAAUCUUUGUUUCGCCCCUGGUUUCGCGAUGCACUGCACGCAAUAAUUUAUCAUGGCAAGUCCGUCUGUAAUUCAAACAAGAGAAGGAGAAUGGACGUCAGAAAAAUACUGGAAUGUUUUGGGCGUAAAUAUUCCUGACUUUUUCACCAACGAUCCAGCAUUGCUAGCUGACUACAUUGCCUAUUUCGACACGCGAGCGGACGAUGUUUUUGUGGUUUCGUAUCCUAAGUCAGGUUCGUUUAUCAUAAUUUUAUAUACUGAUAAUUUAAGAGUUUCUGCCACGACAGUUCGCGUUGAGUUCAAAUGUCCCUUUCUGGAGGUCGACCUAGUCUUAAUGACUAACGAACGACCCGGUCAUCAAACUCUAAGGGUGCACAGAAGCGAAAUUUAUAAUCCUGGGGAGGUUUGACUUUGAUUUCAUUUGCAUUUAUAGCACGAGUCUCCCUUGUUUAUUCAUUGUAGAAUCACCAUAAAAUGCAUUAAAUGCAGAUAAUAUAAUGUAUAGGACGUAAAUGCUAGCCACGACUCGACACGACCAUUGGUCAGUUCGCCCUUUGGGCAAAUUUUGAGCAUGGAAUCCUGAGUCCUGGAUCAUGGACAUGGGAAUUGGGAAUACACCUCAAGGAAUCGAGAAUUCAAGCUCCACCAAGCCAUAAAUGGCUCAUAGUUCCACUGACAAAGACUGAAAUGCAGUACCUGGAAUCCGGACUCCACGACGUGGAAUCCAGAAUCCAAGACUGUCUUGGAUUCCUUUCCAUGGGGCGAAUUUGAAGUUUUUUUAUAAAAUAGUGCUUAACUGACCACCACAGAAGAUACCAUAACAUACGAUAAUAUGCUCUUUCUUUGUCAACGCGAAGUUUUGCAUAAGCAUUGUCUUCAGUUUCUCUUGGGGCCAUUUAAGCUCCCAAGAGAAACUGAAAAAAAUGCUUUUGCAAAAUUUUGGGGUAACAAAAAAGAGCAUUAUGGUUUUUUAUAGUAUUUUCUGAAGUGUUCAAUUAGAACAUAGUUACUCUUAUAUAUUUCAGGGUCACAUUAAACAGGAUUCUAUACCAGGUUUGCAAGUCUUUUUCCUUAGAAAUAAGGAGGAAGCCUACCAAUAGUUAUAUAAAGUGUUCCAUCGCUCGAUCUCGACAAACCUAUUUUAAAGGACUAAAUGGAAAGAGGGAGGAAAGGUUUCCACGCUGGGAACGAGGUUGACCUCGUAGCUCUUCUAAUUUCCAUCAUGUUUACUUUUAUCAUUCAUUAUCUAGGGACAACUUGGGUGCAAGAAAUUGUUUGGCAAAUCUACAACGAGGGAGCAAUCAGCAGCGAAAAGCAAAUAUAUCGAUUCCCAUUUCUAGAGGAUACCGCCUGUAAUAUGAGCGAACACAUGCAAACUGAUUUCAAAGCACUGCCAAGUCCUCGCCUGAUUAAGUCCCACCUAACCUACAGCACUACUCCAAGAAGUGCAAAUAAAGAUGAUCAGUGUAAAUACAUUUACGUUGCUCGCAACCCAAAAGAUGUGGCAGUGUCAUAUUUUCAUUUCACGGAGCACUGGAAGAAGGAAGGCAACGGUUACAAUGGACCAUGGGAAUUUUUCAGCAAGUUAUUCAUAGAGGGAAAUGGUAGGUCUUUGUAUUUCCCAGGCAAAUAAGGAUUGUUUUGACCAGCAGGUUUUGAGUGCAUUUAUUUGAAACGGAACCCAGACACGUUAAAAGGGGCAGCUCAGUCCGUUUUGUUUGGUAUAAAAAACCAAACUAAAGUAAUAACGUUAGUUGGGUCGACACUUGCCACUCGCUUCAAGAAGUGAUAAACUCCUGCCCUCCAAGUGGCUACGUUAAACACCUCUCAGAACAGAGAAUUAGAACCAAAGUCAAACUCUGUCCCCGUUUAGUGUCGACGCCGGGUUAUUUUGGGGGAGGGGGGGAACGGGGGGGUAGGUGGAAGCUGGAGUGGAAUCGACGUUUUCGUUGCACUAGCGAGGGGGGGAGGGGUUGCUGAUCUUUCCUAAUUAGGCAUAGAAGUUGACUGCAUGGUGUAAAUAAUGGGUUACAAGUCCUUGAUAUUUGUCCCAACCGAAAAGUCUACCAGAUAACUGAUUAAGAUAUAAGAUAGCUUAUGAAGUGAUAUUCCAUAAAAAAGUGUCAACCUUUUUUUAUCUUUUUUGUUGUGUGCAGUUGGUUGGAACUUUUGGAAUGAUCACGUUCUUGGAUGGUGGAAACAAAAAGAUGAUCCCAAUGUCUUGUUUCUCAAGUAUGAAGAUUUACACAAGGUAAUUUUGCAAUUUCGGGUUAUAAAUAAUCUAUGGCUUGUUCAAGGUGCCAGCAUAAACUUCUUCGUACAGAUGUCAGAUAUUUUUCUUUGUUUCAUGCCGGUGACAUAUGUACUGUUGCACCUUCCUCACUUUUUAAGAAAGCUUUGGACGAUCCAGUUUUCCUAUCGCAAAAAUGCAUAGAUCUUGAAAUGAUAUUUGAGUCUAAAGGUGAGCUGAGUGAAUUAUAUAUGUCGGUCAAUUAUGGAUUGAACGGUAAGCUAAAACAGUACAAUUUACACUCGUCCUAGGAUCUACCGUCCAAUGUACGAAGGAUUGCAAAUUUUCUGAACAAGACGCUGUCAGAUGAACUCAUAAAUCGUAUUGCAGAGCAGUGUUCUUUCAAGGGGAUGAAGAAAAAUGAGAUCAGUUACAAGUCUGAAAGCGAAGAAAAGACUUCGCCCUAUCUACGAAAGGGCGUGGUCGGAGGCUGGAAGAGUUACUUCACUCCAGAGUUAAAUGAGAGAUUUGAAAAGGAAGUGUUGGAAAAAAUAAAAGGAACUGGAUUAGAGUUUGAUUUUCAGGCAUAUUAAGAAAGGCAAUUCUCCAGUAACAGGAACAAUAAAAUUGCUUAUUUAUCAUAGGAUUUAAAUCAAUUACGCUAUAUGUUAUGUAUUUGAAGUCAAACAACUAGUCAACAUUAGAAAACAAUGCGAGGAGAAGCUAAGAAAACAAGGCGAGAAGUUGUCUGUAGAAAUUUAUUAUUUCGUUCAUGUGAUCUCAGCGCGCGCACAAUUAUUGAGCAUGCGUACUUAAGGUGAUGUUACAAGGACGAUUUUUAACGCAACACAACGUCGCAAUAUUGGAACAGUGUUACAACUGUUCGACACAAUGUCGCAACAAUGUUGCAACGCUGUGUUGUGCUAAUAAUCGUCGUUGCGAAUCGUCUCGUUUAACAUCACCUGUACGAAGCAAUGACGUGAGAGCCCUUGUUUUGUCGACUCUCAUUCUGAUAGCACAGUUAAGUUUCCCCGAUCAUGCAAAGGCAAAGACAAAUUUUAUAGUAAGGCAAACUUUUUGGUCUAGGGUCGUUGGAAGUUUUCGAACUUCACCUUCAAUUUUCUUGUUUUCUGCCUUUGCAAAUUGGCGCGAUCGACGUAAAUCGAACACGGGUUCGAAAAAUGCUUGGCGUAGUAGGGUUGUAUUUUUAAUUUGUUGUCCACAUUCAGCCACUUUUAGCACAGUGUGCAGAGAGACUAUUUGUGGCCUUCAUUGAGGUUAAAAUUUACGAUAGAUAGCAAGAAUCGUUUUUAUCUGUAGAAUCGAAUAUAAUACUGAACUUGACCGGUCAAACCGUUAGCGAUCGUGUUACAAACCAAUAAAAUUUAUAUCCAAUGGUCCGGAAAACCACUGAAGGUAAUGACUGCGGACAAAUAACAGCGAUAAUAAGGAGACAAGGGAUGAAACGUGUCUCUUUUUCUUUUCUAUCCAAGACAGUCUUAGAUUCUGGAUCCCAAGCCAUGGAUUCCAGAUUCCAGGUACUGGAUUCCGGUUUUUUUUUUUUUUCAGUGGAACUUCGAUUCUGGAUUCCAUCUUUAGCGGCAGGGGCGGAUCUAGGGGGGGGGUGCAGGGGGUGCGCACCCCCCCUGAGAUGACCUGCGGUUAUCUAAUACAACUGGUAUUCUGCCAAAAAAAAAACUAUGUGGUUUAUUGGUGUUCGAGUAGAGCAAGAGAUGAGUGCACCCCCUCCUAAACAAAAUCCUGGAUCCGCCCCUGAGCGGGAUUCCGGAUUCCUUGAGCUGUAUUUCAGAUUUCAAAGCCCAGUAUUUCAUAUUCCACAAACAAAACUUUCCCGGAAUGACCGUGUGAUCUGUCAAGUUCAUUUUCAAUUUUUCAGUCAACAAAGACGUACCCUUGGUUCAAGAGGUUUUUUUCUCGCAGCUGAAUGCUUCGGUUCUUCGGCCAACGAGCGAGCGAACUGACUUGGCCAAAACCGGAAGCUGCGCAUGAAAAGUCUCUGACAAAGGCGAUUUGCGCAAUCAACUGUAAAAUCCAACUGCUAUCAUGGUCACAUUCUCUGCGCCAAUGUGGUUGCAACCGGGUGUUAUCAUAUUUUUCCGCGUUCGGGGACGCCAGUCACGCAUUAUCGCGUGACCAGCCUUUGUAACUGCACGCAAUAAUCUACGCUACCAUGGCAAGUUCGUCGGUAAUUCAAAAGAGAGAAGGAGAAUGGACAUCAGCUAAAUACUGGGAUGUUCUGGGCUUAUACAUCCCAUGUUUUUUCACCAACGAUCCAGCAUUGUUAGCUGACUACAUUACUAAUUUUGAGACGCGACCAGAUGAUGUUUUCGUGGUUUCAUAUCCUAAGUCAGGUUUGUGCAGCUGAAUUCAUAGCGCGAAUCGCCUUUGUUCACUGUAUUAUUUUAGAGGUAAUGUAUAGGUCCUCCUCAGUCCUGCCACGAAAGUUUGAGCCGUUCUUAUAGUCUGUUAAAACCCAGAGUGUAAAAUCCGAUAAAAAAUAAAGGCAGAAUCACAUCUUUUAAGCAGUUGUCUCCUUCGCGGCCGCUCAGGCCAGAGUCACGCAAAGCAUGCGUCCAUGAAUGAUAUACAGUCAGUUUUUCCCAAUUUUGACUCUCAUUUUGGCUGUGUCUACACUACACCGGACCGGAUAGUUCUUGCAACGGCACGAAAAUCAUAUCUGAUAGGGCUCUUGCUCACACAUUCAUAAGAACGGUGAUUUCGAAGAAUCGAAGCCGGCAGGGGUAUCAAAUCUACAGCUUUUGCAGAUCGCAGAACGCUGAAUGCAGAAUGCAGAACGCCAAAUAACUCUGAAGUUUAUUGAUUAGGGUUAGGAAACUGAGUGGAUCAGGUUCCAUUUAGAAUCAUUACACCGGGAAAAUUGACCUGAAACUUGAUUCACUCAGUUUCCUAACCCCAAUCACCAAACUUCAGAGUCAUUUGGCGUUUAGUCUGCUACACAGCCGUUUUUAGUGUCGUCACGCAACGCUUCUCCCCACAAACAAGGUGGGGAGGGGCAUUGCGUGACGACUCUAAAAACUUCUGUGUAGCAGACUAUUUGGCGUUCUGCAUUCAGCGUUCUGCGAAAUACCCCUGCCGAAUCGAAGCUGCACCGCCGGAUCGUGACAUAUCGAUCACAGGGCUCCCAGACUCACAACAACCUCCUUGAAGCCAAUAAUACUGAAAGGAUGUGUAUGGUAAUUUAUCAUGAGUUCGAUAAAACGGUAAAAAUGCACAUAGACAGCCAUUAAAGUGUACAUUUUGUGGUUCAAUUUUUAUCUUUUGUUUCAAUUUAAUUUCAUGUGGGUUUUGGGUAUGGUAAUGUAUGAUAAUGAGUUUGAAACAAAGAAAUACGAAGUUUAAACCACGGAUAAAACUGAACCACAACAUACAUACCUCGCAGUAAGAUGUCUUUGUGUCGUUUCUUACUGUUUUCCUGCCCUGCAAACGCCAUUUUAGCAAGUUUCCCAGAAUUAAGGCCUGGUCUCUCACCUACGAAGAAGAAGAAGGUCUUGACCCUCCUCAAAACGUCAGCCCCCAAAAAUAUGACCCUCCUUUGAGAGACAAUUUUGCGAACUCAUCAUGUCAGUAUUAUAACAAACGCACCCAAAUUUGUGACCCUCCCACAGUGGAUCCAAAUCUUAAUCCUCUCCCUAAAUUUAUCGGUCCCUCCCUCUCCAGUAUUUAAUGACCACUUCCUAACAAGCCGGGAAGGUACAUUUUCACUCAGGGUCAGGCAAUAAAAUCCGAAACAAAGAGCGUACGAAGUCAGAAAAUUAAUAAAUACGUUGUAGAAGAUUUUAAUGGUGUUGAACCUGUAAGACUUUAUGUUCCUUAUGCACACUAGAUAUAGAAAAGCGUAUAUUGUAAAACUUAAGUGUUAUUAAAAUCAUAAACGUCUUCACAAUAGAACCCAUGAAAAUAAUAGCUUCAAACCCGAGAAAAGAAACACCUUUUGACCUAGUUUCUAGACCUUUUUUCUUUAGAAAUAGGGAGGAAGUCUGCCCAUUCAGUCUUUUGUUUUCUAUCGCCCGAUCCUUGACCCUUUUUGUAAGGUGCUGGAUAGACGAGAGAGGAGGGGUCAGUAGCAAAAAAAACACUCCUUGUUUGGGUGUCAAUGACGAAAGUACUAAUUGAGGACACUUUUUAUACGUUUUCUAUACACUAAUGGGGACGGGGCCGCCAUUUUACGUAGCCUGUUUCAGGCGUUUCGGUAGCAUGGGGACGGCGCAAAGGGAAGUUAGCUGGAAAAACAGCUGGGGUUCAUGUUUUUAAGUGUCAAUGUAUUUAGCACGAAAGUACUAAUUGAGGACACUUUUUUUACGUCGUCUUCUGGAGACGGGACCGCCAUUUUACGUAGCCUGUUCAGUUCUGGCGUUCCGGUAGUGGUUGCCUGCUAGCAAGCUCUCCAUUUAUUAGCUACUAAGCGACCGGCGAGAGAACGCGCGAGCGAGCUGCGAAACUUUCUUUCUCCGCCCCUCGCACUCACGUCUCCUUUCGCGUGUUCCUGUCGCGUGACCUCUCGCGACUCCCCUAAAUGGAGGGCUUGCUCGCUGGCUACGGUAGUGUAGCUUGCCUAGCAUGGCGGUUUUGUCGCUCCACAAUUUGUAAAGGAAAGCCUAUCUGAAACUAUCCAUAUUUAACAAUUAUUCCUCGAGCCCGAACGGACUGUGAGUCAAUAGCCCAUGAGGCCGAAGGCCGAAUAGGUUAUUGACUCAGAGGCCAUGAGGGCGAGGGGAAUAAUUUUUUUUAGUAAAAUCCAACUAGAUGGUCAAAAAUAUCGAGAAUAAAAAGCGUUUAGCUAGUUAAAGCUAGACUUUAAUCCUUUUUGCCGCCAAAAAGUCCGCGCUUUUCGCUGCUUAGUGGGCUAUAACAUAUAGCCUAGUAGUAGCUCAACCAAUCAGAACGCAGCAUUGAUAAUAGACCACUAGCUGGAUUUUAGUAAUAAUCGUUAAUUAUACAGUUCUUAAAAAUUGAAGGAUAAUAGCUUUGCUGACAAUAUCGGAUUAACUAACAGCUAUAUAAUUAGCAGAAAAAGCACUGUACUGAGCUAGACGUGUUGCGGUUAAAGCAUUUCAAUUAUUUGUACUUUGAUUACUCGCUUUAUGUUUAUCUAUAGGGACAACUUGGGUGCAGGAAAUUGUUUGGCAAAUCUACAACGAAGGAGCAAUCAGCAGCGAAAAGCAAAUAUAUCGAUUCCCAUUUCUAGAGAGUAGUGCCUGUAAUAGUAACAAGAACAUGCAAAUUGAUUUCAAAACACUGCCAAGUCCUCGCCUGAUAAAGUCCCACCUUACCUACAGCACUACUCCAAGAAGUGCAAAUAAAGAUGAUCAGUGUAAAUACAUUUACGUUGCUCGCAACCCUAAAGAUGUGGCAGUGUCAUAUUUUCAUUUCACGGAGCACUGGAAGAAGGAGGGCAAUGGUUACAAUGGACCAUGGGAAUUUUACAGCAAGUUAUUCAUAGCGGGAAAUGGUAGGUCUGUAUUUUUUAGGCAACAAAGAGUAUUUGUUUGAUUGACAGAUUAAGGGUACACCAGAACAGAGGAAAGAACAAAAACAAAAAGCAAACUCAGCCCACCUACAGGGUUGACGCCUGGCCAUACAUACUGGGGGGAGGCGAAUGCUCUUAGCACUUUGCCAUCAUGCUCUCUAAUGCACCUAUCGAUGUAAAGCUAGCAGGGGAAGGGGGGGGAUGCAGGGCAUAGGGUGGGGAUUUGACAUUAUUUAAAAGUUUGCGGUCAAAUUUCCUGCCCACGGGCAAAUUAUUUUAAUCAAAUGCACAAAAAUGUCCCCACCCUGCUUCACAUUGUUGCCUUUGACUUAAGCUAUUUUCUGGUUUCUUGAAAAAGCAAAAGCUGACAACUUUUAUUGACAAUUUUAAUGCGAAAGCAGUAUCAAAACAUUUUAAUCACGUAAAGCAUUGUAGUCAUUUCAAAACUUAAGUAUUAACCUUACACUGAGCCAGGCACUGAGCCGAAUCUAAACUAAAGAGUAGCCAACUAAUGGCCCUGUCCCAUGGAUAGGAUAUAAGAAUGUGAUAUUAGGUUCUUUUGUGAAUGCGGCACCAAGUAAUGUUUACUUUUAAAAGUCUUGAUUACUGACUAGGGGCACUUACUCACUGCAUUAUCUACAAACAAGUUCACGAAAAUUCAAAAUCGAAAAUCGUUACUCCCCUCUGCGCGUUUUCAACCUGAUGGAAUACUCCGUUUCAAAAGUAGAGCUUUGGUUUAGUUUGAUACCGCAAUAUCUUCAAAUCCCCACCCAAUGGCCUGCCUAUGCCCCCCCAACCCCGCCGCCUUGCCAUUCCCGCCGGCUUUACAUUGCUACGUGCAUAGUUGCCAGUUACUUUCUCUUACUUGCCAGUACGGAACUUAUAAUUAACGUUAGCGAAAGAAAUUAGUUGUAAGUGAGAUAAUCACAGCUUCCUGACAAAGAACGGUAUAUCAUUUACCACCUGCCAAAAAAAUUCAUUGAUGUUGCAUUUCAUUCGUGCAGUACUACUUUUUCAAUAGUGUCAUGUGUAGAUCGAGGGCAUUUCUGUAUAUACCAUGAUGACACUGACGCACCUGAUCUGUGCAGGUCGGCACCAAUCUCCCUCUUUCUAACAUACGUUAGGAUUUUGUUAGACUCUAUGACUUACGUACGGUGGCUCGUAGGGACAAAACACUUCCCAGAAUCCAAAACACGUCCCAGAAUCCAAAAACACUUACCAGAACCCAAAACACUUCCCAGAAUCCAAACACACUUCCAAGAAACCAAACACACAUCCUGCACACAUCCAAGAAUCCAAAAUACUUUUGCCUGAUUCUGGAACGUGUUUUUGAAUUCUGGUACGUGUUUUGGAGUCUGGGAAGUGUUUUGGAUUCUGGGACGUAUUUUUGAAUUCUUGCACGUGUUUUGGAUUCUGGGAAGCGUUUUGUCCCUAUAAGCCACGGUAGUUAUGAAUCUCUUGGGCCACUUUUUAUCAAAUUAAGGAAAUCGUCAUUUUGCACAUUAAAAAGCUUGCGCAGUGGGUGUUAGUGUUAAAGAUAUAGCGGGAAUGAUAUUUGUUAUCGGCAACAAGGUACAGUACUCCAGAGUGUGGAGUGCUUGCAUUGGACAUUUUCUUGUAGAUAAAAGAUAGUUGUCGACCACUAAUACAAUGUCUAGUCUAUGGAUGCCCUAAGAUAUCUACGCAAGAUAUUAUAUCAAUAUCUCCCUUUCAUUCAUGUUUUUGUGAUAUUUAAAACGAGAUUGCACGAUUCGAAGUACUUUGCUUAAAGUUUUUCGGUAUCUUUUAGGCGCGUCUUUUAAACCUUUCUUUUGUUGCGUGUAGAGGGUUGGAACCUUUGGAAUGACCAUGUUCUUGGUUGGUGGAAACACAGAGAUUAUCCCAAUGUCUUGUUUCUGAAAUAUGAAGAUUUGCACAAGGUAAUGUUGCAGUUUCCCUUACAAACAGCUGAACUAUGGCCUGUUACUGCCGGCGUAGACGUUCGUCCAGAAAGGCAUGCCAGAUAUAUAUUUUUUGUCUCAUACCCGUCACAUUUACGUACUAUUGCACCUUUUUCAGUUCUUUCAUGAAAGCUUAUAAAAAGAUAAUCCUUCUUUUAGCAUAACAAAAGCUUGAAUCUUUAAAUUUUAUUAAAGUCCAAUGGUGGACUGAGUCGUUUACGGAUUGUCUUCGGAUCUAAUCUAAAACACUCGUCCUAGGAUCUACCGUCCCACGUACGAAGGAUUGCAAAUUUUCUGAACAAGCCACUGUCAGAUGAACUCAUAAAUCGUAUUGCAGAGCAGUGUUCAUUCAAGGAAAUGAAGAGGAAUGAAAUCAGUUACAAGUCUGAAAGCGAGGAAAAGACUUCGCCCUAUCUACGAAAGGGCGUGGUCGGAAGUUGGAAGAGUUACUUCACUCCAGAGCUGAAUGAGACAUUUGAAAAGGAAGUGUUGGGAAAAAUAAAAGGAAGUGGAUUAGGGUUUGAUUAUGAGGUAUAAUUAAAAAAGGGCACUCCACCAAUAAUAGGAACAAUAAGAUUUCUUAUAUAUCAAAGAAUUUCCGGCAAAUCAAAUACGCUCUUAGAGUUUUCUUCCCGCAGUCAAACAACUACAGACUUAUACAACGUUUUGACUUUAGGUGCGCACGUACCAAAGCGACGUACUUAUAUAACCUUUAUUUUAAGAGGGUGACACCAAUUACUAUGAAAACUAUUCUCUCUAGUGGCCCUCUAAAAACAAAAUUGAUAAUAAUACAACAUGAUAAACCUAUUUACAAAUAGUAAUUAUAAUGAAAGAUCCGGUAAAAAUUCUAGUAUUCUCCCUAGUGCCCCUCCCUAGUGGCCCUCUAAAAAAAAUUGAAAAUAACAAAAUUACAACAAUCAUGAUAAAAAGCCUAUUUACAAAUAGUGAUUAUAAUUAAAGAUCUUAAAAAUUCUAGAGAUUUAAAAAAAAUUGAGAGAUGUUAAAAACGGAAGUGAAUACAUUGGUAAAAAAGGGAAUCCAAUCUACAAUGAUAUUAAAAAAGAAAGCACGGAUUUUUUAAAAAUCAGAAUAACUUUUUAACUUUAAAAUUGUCCACCGUAUAGUUGAGGCGGCGUUAUAAGUCGGUGUUGGCGUAACUCAAACAUACUCGUAAACUUUCAUUUUGGAAAGUGACCUAAGCCGCUAAUAAUGUUCAGUUGAUUUUCCAGUUGCUGCAAACUGUUUAUUAUCCACGUGUUCAAGAAUUGAGGGAAGAAUUCUGGAUAAUUUGAACCCCUCCAUAAAGAAGCCAUCUGACACUGGUUGGUGGCUUGUAACAAACGCGAAUUUACAUGUAUAUGAAAAAUUUAAUAAACUAUCAAACUAUCGUUUAAUACUAAGUUUGUAGUUGCGAACUCUUUCUAUGCCAUCCGGAGGCCCUUGAUAUCCUAGUGACUGUCAAAGAAAAGUUUCCUAUAAAGUGACACUUGAAAAAAGUUCAUUUUCUCGUUUUCAGUAUUAGUCUUACGAUAUAAUUUUGGACGGUCACGACGUUCCGGUAGGAAAACUCACAGGUCGCCGAUAUCUGUGAAUACUGUUUCUUUCUUUCUUACUUUCUUUCUUCUUUUCAGUGCAUGAGUUUGCCUUUUUGGGCUUUUUUCUUUCGAGAAGGAAAAAUAAUUCAGCGUAAUGUUUGCUUUAUUUGCCCAUCUUUUGAAGCCUCCCAAUGCAGUGAGAUUGCAACUGACCGAGCCCACAACGAGCCAUCAAUCAUCAAUCAAUUAUGGCCACUAAAGCCUGACGACUCCAUUUCUUGUUUGCAGUAAAAACAUUUGAAAGGAGUCGAAUUUAUUGUUCCUUUAGCCUCUUUCGACGCCUGCCAUGAGGCUCCACUUAAAAGUGAUCUGAAAAUGAUAACACUUUGAAGUCUGGUCGAUCUUGUAAAGGAGUUGCUUUAAAAUCAAGAAACUCGACUUUUCAAAGUGCGGACUCACGCAAGACAGUGCGGGGAGCAUCACGCUACAUAGCGUGACAGGUUCUAUUUCCGAGCAACUCGUUUGCAACUGUUUGCGAAGCUGCUCACUCACGCAACAAUCUAUCAUGGCAAGUUUUCCUGUGAUUCAAAUAACAGAAGGCGAAUGGACAUCACAAAAAUUCUGGGAUAUUUUGGGUGUGAAAGUGCCAGAGUUUUUCACCAAAGAUCCAGCUUUGCUAGCCGACUAUAUCUCCAAUUUUGAGACGCGACCAGAUGAUGUUUUCGUGGUUACAUAUCCGAAGUCAGGUUUGUUCAUCGUUAUCGUUUUUUUGUAUAGAUCAUGAACGGAUUUUUUGGAUAAUAUAAGGGUCUACUACCACGAAAGUUUAGGUUGUUUUAAUACACUUUGUUGGUUCAUGGGUCGAAAUUGGAGCUUUCUUCAUUCCCUCCCCCAAUUUUUUGUCGGCGCUCUGCGAAGACUGAAAUCCGAACUCCCCUUUUUAAAACCCCGCCAUCCUCAGGGGGCUGAGGAUAAAAAGUGAAAUGUCCCCUGAUUUUAGCCAUGGUCUUAACUUUUCACCCUGCAUUUUAUUUUAAAUUCUUCAGUUCCCUCGCCGCUGGUCCCUGCCCGCCCCCGCACAGGGUGAGGACAAAACAUGGACCAGGGGUCCAUGGACCACUUUCAUGGACCAGGUCCAUGGACCCCCUGUCAUGGACUAGGUCCAUGGACAGUUUUUUUUAUUUUUAUAAGAAGGUCUUGCACCAGGUCCAAGGACACUCAAAAACAGAAAUAGUGUCAAAAAAAGAUUUGACGAGAUGCUGUCGACCAAUUAUGCUCACAAUUGAUCACAAAUAUUUAGUUGUGCUCACAUGACGUACACUCUGCUUGCACAUGUGCAGUCGCAAGACUGUUAUUAAAAUUAAGCCAUUAAAUUCAAAAGUUAUCACCAAGAGAGGAAUUACGCACUCCAGUACAAAUUAGACUCGCAUCACCCUUAGAAAAACAAGCUGGAGUUAAGAAUUCAUCGCUUUUAGAGCAAUCAUGACUGAGUCACAUCGCAAUUCUCCAUAGUUGAUGUAGCUUCAGUUUAAGCUACAAUCCAUGCCACUUCUUCUUCUUCAAGAUCUGGAUCUGUAAAUCACUAUCCGUGAGAAUUUAUAAUCGUCCUGCUAAAAGUGCUAAGGAGCUGGGCCCAGCCUGACAAAACAUUGCAGGAAAAAGUGACAUUCAUGCACAAAAAGCAAGUGGCUUAAUUAGAAUUAUUCAGAUCCAGGAUGCACUUUGGAGAAAUUAAACAACCUAAAACCCUUUUAAUCAGCCACAAUGAACAGCUUUACAUUUUAAAAGAGGUAGAAAAUCAAUAUGUGUUUCACGACCUCUCAGUAUGAAAUAAGCGGCAAAAAUUCACAUUUGCUCAGUCAAAAGGUUUUCCUCCGAAGCAUAAUCUGCCCAUCAGAGAAAACAAUUCAUUGGAACAAGCAGCAUUUUGGCAUAAGGUACCGACCCCCUCCCCCUUUUUUUACACUAUAUAUCACAAUUAAACAUUACUGAUCAAUCGAGCAUUGUUUGUUGUUAUUGUUGUUUUUUAACCUUUUUUUUGCACUAUUUCUAUUUUUAUUCAUUUCUCAUUACUAACAAAAACUGUCCAUGGACCCGGUCCACGACAGGGGGUCCAUGGACCCGGUCCAUGAAAGUGGUCCAUGGACCCGGUCCAAAGUGGGGGCCAUGGACCCCUGGUCCAUGUUUUGUCCUCACCCCCCUGCACAACCUACUCAUAAAAUGGGGCGGCAAUGUAAACCAUAUGGGUUUCUGGAGGGUUACUACUUCAAAUUUAGCAUUAGGUAGAUAUCACCACAGCAUAUGAACGUUUCCCAUUUUUAUUGUGGACAGGAAUUCUGAUUAAUUAUUAAUCUUCAUUAUUUCAGGGACGACUUGGGUACAGGAAAUCGUCUGGCAAAUCUACAAUGAAGGAGCUGUCAGCAGUGUCAAACACGUAUUCCGAUUCCCAUUUUUUGAACCCACUGCCACUCACGAAAAACUGGCUGAGCUCAUUGAUCUUAAAACACUGCCAAGUCCUCGCCUGAUUAAGUCCCACCUUACCUACAGCACUACCCCGAGAAGUACAAAUAAAGAUGACCAGUGUAAAUACAUUUACGUUGCUCGCAACCCAAAGGAUACAGCAGUGUCGCUUUUCCAUUUCACUGAGCGAUUGUCUAAAGAGACAGGCAGUGGUUACAAUGGGCCAUGGGAAUUUUUUGCCAAGUUAUUCAUAGAGGGAAAUGGUAAGUUAAUUUUCCUAUGAUUUAGGAAAAGAAAUGUUAUCACUUUCAAGGAAGCAUAUGUACCCCUAGUCCCCUUCAUGCUCCUCCCGGAAGGAGCGUUGCGUGACGACCCUAAUAAUUGCUGCGAAGGAGACUGACGUACCCCCGCGUAUUAUUCAUCGUUCUGUUGUCACAGAAACAUUUGAAGAGUACAUGUUAUUGAAAUCAAAGCGCACAAAAUAAUCUAAUAUUAAGAAGAUUUCACAGGACUAGCAGCAUUGAUUAAUAAAAAACACACACACACUUUUAAAGCCAAGGUAUAUAUGUUGUAGUUAAUUUUUUAUCCUAUGUAAUUUUUAUUUUUCCUUUGUUUCAACUUCAUUAGCAUACAUUACCAUACCAAAAAACAAAAGAAAAACAAAAAUUACCUGGAAUAAAAAUUUAACUACAACAUAUACAUCUUGGAGCAGCUAUAGAAUAGUUUAGUGCAAGAAACCUGUCAUUAAAUAAAAAUGUUGAGCCAGCAACGGAUGUUACUAAACUAGGGGAGGGGAUUCAAUAAUUGAGUAAAGAGAAAUUACGAAAAUGAAAAAUGGGAAGAAUCUUUUCCCCAUCAGUAACCUCAUAACUCAAUCUCUGUUUUGUUACCAUUUUUCAUUUUUCCCAUUCCAUGCUUGUUUUCUUAGGACAUCCACUGCGUCUUGGCAAAAAGAUUGGUAUAAUAAUAAUAAUAAAUACUCUUUUAUACUGCAAAAAAUAGAUGACUGAGUAUAAAAAAACAGCUGGUAUAAACCUAUGUGAAGUAAUAAAAUACUUCCAGAUUAAAAAAACAACAACAAUUAUAUAUAGUACAGCAAAAAAAUAGCGCAAAGACUAAUAUUUACAAUAAAAAAGGUGUUAAAAAAAAUAAAAUGAAUUAAACUACAAUCUACAUUUAUGCUGUGUUUUGCCUUGUUCUUGCAAAUACUUUAUAAGUGUUUUCCACUUAAAAGAUCCUAAAGUAAGGUCAUCAGCCCGUAAUUCAUUGGGUAAGUUGUUUCAAUCCUUUGCUCCUGUGAAUUUAAAAGUAGACUGGCCUGUUACACUACUUAAAUUAUGUAAAUUAAGAAAGAAGGAAACCAUCAAAUAGGGGGCUGCUGCACUGGGGCUGGCCUUGACUAGACUUACAAAUAAGAAUUAUUUCUUUAAUCUUAUUUCAUCACAAGUUUGAGUUCUGAGAUCUUAUUAAAUUUUUAUUGCCAAUUGUAGUUAUCUAUGACUUUUGGAAUGAUCAUGUUCUUGACUGGUGGAAACAUAAAGAUGAUCCUAAUGUCUUGUUUCUCAAAUAUGAAGAUCUACACAAGGUAAUACUUAAAAUACUUUAAUGACAUUAUAAUAGUUCGAAUUUCCUGCACAAGUCUCUGGCAAAAUUAAUUCCAUUUAGUUACCCCAGAACUAGAGCUAUAGAUUUCAGUGUUGAUGUAUUACUAUGAACUGUUAUUAACAAAGUAAAUUUGGGGCACUGAAGACUUUUCGUUUAUUCAUUCAUUAAUUUAUUUUGCCAUUAACCACAUAAAAAUACAUAUACAAUACACAAGAAAUUUAUAGUAUAUUAAACAUGUUAGACACUAUUCUAAAAAAGUAUUUUACAAAAACGUUCAAAGUGGUAAUGACAAGGAAGCCUGUAAGAAGCCAGGGAGCUUAUGAACUGUAGGCUUCCUGACACUUUAGGGUUUGAAUGAGUAAUUCAAACUGAAUGGUACUGAAUGAAAAAUGGAUUAUUUAAAAAAGCAAAGAAAAGAAAAAGUACCUGUAUGUUGUUCCAAAAUUGUAAAAAGAGUAUAUUUGACCAAGAAAGAAAGAAUUUUUAAAGUCUUUUGCCAAACAAACCGAUACUUCCACUGUAUUGGCUUCCAACUACCGUGAUGAAAGGACAUUAAAAUCUAAAACUUACAGUACUAUUAUUCUUAGGAUCUACCAUCCCAUGUGCGAAUUAUUGCAAAAUUCCUGAACAAGCCACUGUCAGACGAACUCAUCAAUCGUAUCGCGGAGCAGUGUACGUUGGAAGGGAUGAAGAAAAAUGAGAUUAGUUACAAGUGGAGGGACGAAAAAGAGAGUUCGCCAUUGUUGCGGAAGGGCGUGGUGGGAGGAUGGAAGAGUUACUUCACUCCAGAGCUGAAUGAGAGAUUUGAAAAGGAAGUGAUGGCAAAACUGGAAGCAACUGGAUUAGAGUUUGAUUUUGAAAUAUAGAUCUAGAGGACAAUAAUAGUAAUUCAUUCUACUUGACUGUUUGAUUAUAUGUAAUCACAUGAGCCCAAGGGCAAAUAAACAUUAAUUUCACAAACAUUUUCAAAGUUACACAAAACUAACCUGAGUCACGAAGUGACGGGGGCAAUUUGGAAAACUUUGAACAUACAAGUGAAAGUAAUCCUUAACUGCACAAGGGCACAUUGCUAUUACAACUGAACCCCACUUUACCGACACCCGCUAUUAAGCAGGGUUCCUUUAAGUAUUCUAAGAUUUGGACACCUUGUUAUUAUGGAUAGUUUUCUAUGUCAUUGUCCAUAAGGAACGCUCUUACUUUUUCUCUAAAUUCAACCCACUUACACAAUUCAACCCUCUUAAUACAGACAAUUAUUGUUUCUUGCCCAAUCAACGCAUUCUCAUGGAAAGUCGACCUCCCUUAAAUGCGAUCC